GUAUCUAAAGAAUGGCUAUCAACACGGAUGCCGCAUUUGGUAAAAGCGCCCUGGGGGAGAGGGAAGUCUCACAUCCCACCGACUUCCAAGACACAGAGAAACUCCUGAGCGCCGUGACCACCGAACCCACCGGGGAAAGCAGCCUCAAACCUUCCCACACAUCUCUCAACUUGAGAAGUAGCAUCCAUUCCCCGAAUGCCGAGCAGACCGGACACCAAUCGCCAUUAAGGUCAGGCUCUGCGCCAGUGUCCCCGUCCCAGCUGAGCUUCGGACCCCCCUUCGGACCCCCCCUCCUCCUCCUCCGCUCCCCGGUGCCACCCGGUUCAGAGCCGCCUAGCUACCUGUGGCUUGCGGUGUUGUCGUGCUUUUGUCUUGCUGUGCCGGUGAACAUGUUCGCGCUGUGGUAUGCUCACAUGUCGCAGUCUGUUCUCCAGACCGGGGAUGUAGACGGAGCUAAGAGGCUGGGUCGUCUCUCUCUGCUGCUCAGCUGUAUCUCCAUGUUCCUGGGUGUGGCCGUCAUCAUCUUCAUAGUGGUCACCGGAGACAUCCUCAGAUUAAAAUAAAUGAGCAUUGAGUAGAGGUGGAACAAGCUUAAUACCAAAGAAAAGCAACACUGAAAACUGAAGUCAUGAAUGAAUUCAAGCCAAACCAAAGAAUAGAAGCCAUCACUUACAUUCUGCGAGAAUAUGCUCUGUUAUGAUCCAAAGCCCAAAGGGAGGAAAGUAGAAUGAGUGAAAUAUCUUUGACUCUAAGCAAGGCUACUCUGAAACAACAGGAAGAACUCUAUGAUCAGUAACAGUACUACCAUAAUCUAUUCACACGCAUUACAAAGGUAUUUCAUAACAUAGGUACCAUAUACCAGUGUGCUUCCAUGUGCUUUUUCUAAAGAGUAUACAAAAGUUUUAACUGCUGCUGAGGCUCACAAUGGACUCUCAUGGCCGUCAUUCCUCCAGUGUCUCUUAGAGUGCAUCUCAAAUGGCACCCUAUUCCCUAUAAAGUGCACUACUUUAGACCUGGGCCCAUCAAGCCCAUAGAGUUCUGGUCAAAAUUAGUGUACACAGUGCCUUGCAAAUGUAUUCAUCCCCCUUGGAAUUUUUCCUAUUUAGUUGCAUUACAACCUGUAGUUUAAAUGUUUUUUAUUUGGAUUUCAUGUAAUGGACAAACACAAAAUAGUCCAAAUUGGUGAAGUGAAAUGAAAAAUAGUACCUGUUUAAAAAUGUUAAAACAAAAGGAAAAGUGGUGCGUGCAUAUGUAUUCACCCCAUUUGCUAUGAAGCCCCUAAAUAAGAUCUGGUGCAACCAGUGAUCUUCAGAAGUCACAUAAUUAGUCAAAUUAUAAAGUCCACCUGUGUGCAAUCUAAGUGUCACAUGAUCUGUCACAUGAUCUCAGUAUAUAUACACCUGUUCUGAAAGGCCCCAGAAUCUGCAACACCACCAAGCAAGCGGCAUCAUGAAGACCAAGGAGCUCUCCAAACAUGUCAGGGACAAAGUUGAAGAAGUACAGAUCAGGGUUGGGUUAUAAAAAAAUAUUAGAAACCUUGAACAUCCCACAGAGCACCAUUAAAUCCAUUAUACAAAAAAUUGAAAGAAUAUGGUACCACAAAAAACCUGCCAAAAGAGGGCCAACCACCAAAAGUCAGACCAGGGAAGGAGGGCAUUAAUCAGAGAGGCAACCAAAGAGACCAAAGAUAACCCUGAAGGAGCUGCAAAGCUCCACAGCGGAGAUUGGAGUAUCUGUCCAUAGGACCACUUUAAGCCGUACAAUCCACAGAGCUGGGCUUUAUGAAAAGGUUUCCAGAAAAAAACAAUCGAACACGUUUGGUGUUCACCAAAAGGUAUGUGGGAGACUCACCAAACAUAUUGAAGAAGGUACUCUGGUCAGAUGAGUCUAAAAGUGUGCUUUUUGGCCAUCAUGGAAAACGCUAUGUCUGGCACAAACCCAACACCUCUCAUCAUCCCGAGAAUACCAUCCCCACGGUGAAGCAUGGUGGUGGCAGCAUCAUGCUGUAGAGAUGUUUUUCAUUGGCAGGGACUGGGAAACUGGUCAGAAUUUUAAGGAAUGAUGGAUGGCGCUAAAUACAGGGAAAUCCUUAGGGAAACCUGUUUCAGUCUUCCAGAGAUUUGAGACUGGGAUGGAGGUUCACCUUCCAGCAGGACAAUGACCCUAAGCGUAUUGCUAAAGCAGCACUCGAGUGGUUUAAGGGGAAACGUUUAAAUGUCUUGGAAUGGCCUCGUCAAAGCCCAGACCUCAAUCCAAUUGAGAAUCUGUGGUAUGACUUAAAGAUUGCUGUACACCAGUGGAACCCAUCCAACUUGAAAUCCGAGUGGCUAGAUGUGCCAAUCUUAAAGAGACAUAAAGAGACUUGUUUUAAUUGCUGCAAAGGGUGGCUCUACAAAUUGACUUUGGGUGGGUGAAUAGUUAUGCAUGCUCAAGUUCAGGUUUUUUGUGUUAUUCUUGUUUGUUUCACAAAAAAUAUAAUUUGCAUCUUCAAAGUGGUAGGCAUGUUGUGUAAAUCAAAUGAUGCCCCCCCCCAAAAUAAAAUCCAUUUGAAUUCCAGGUUGUAAGGCAACAAAAGGCAAAAAUGCCAAGUGGGAUGAAUACUUUCGCAAGCCACUGUAUAAAAAGGAAUAAGGUGACAUUAGGAAAGCAUCCUUAGAGGGUUAGCUAUGACUAAUGAUAUGAGAAUAGACGGAGCUGUUUUGUUAAGUGUGUUUUCAUGUAUGUGUUUGAUUCCUGUAGUGUUUCUCGGAACUAAGAAUAUAUAAAUAGCUUUGUGAAGAAUUAAAACAGCGUUUCUAACUCUU